AAACUCAUGGAUAUGAACUUCGAGUGAGAGAGGCAGAGGGAGAGGGGGGGAGAGAGAGAGAGAGAGAGAGAGAGAGAAGCCCUGCGGACGAUGGAAGGGUUCUUCCAGCUCCAGAAUGCUAGUCAUGUGUUGAUCGUCGCAAGCUGUGUAUUACUCCUAGUUUUGGGUCAGUUUCCGAGCUGGGUCAGUGCCGAUGUCCACUACUACGAUUUUCUGUUGAAAGAAAUCAACGUGACAAAACUUUGUCUUAAUGAGACCAUUUUAACAGUCAACGGCCUCUUUCCCGGACCAGUAAUUCGGGUACGCAAAGGGGACACCGUGUAUGUAAACGUGACUAAUCAAGGAAACUACGGCGUCACCCUUCAUUGGCAUGGGGUAAAGCAACCUGGAAAUUCCUGGUCAGAUGGACCGGUAUUUGUUACGCAAUGCCCAAUCCAACCGGGAGCGAAUUUCACCUACGAAGUUAUUUUCUCAGAUGAGGAAGGGACUCUUUGGUGGCAUGCUCACAGCGACUGGACACGGGCGACCAUUCAUGGCGCAAUCGUCAUCUUACCCAAAGAAGGAACCACGUAUCCAUUUUCACAUCCUGAUGGAGAAGAUGUGAUUGUGCUGGGUUCUUGGUAUACGGGGGAUUUACACAAGGAGAUAAACGAGGACAUGGAGACACAUGCCGACAUUCCCCAUUCAAGUGGUUACUUAAUUAAUGGAGAACUUGGAGAUUUUUCUAAUUGCUCCAGAGGAACAACGUAUCGCUGGUCAGUUGAUUAUGGAAAGACGUAUCUUUUGCGGAUAGUCAAUGCAGUGGUCGAUGAUGAGCUCUUUUUCGCAAUUGCCGGACACAAUCUCACAGUUGUCGGGUUGGAUGGAUCAUACAUAAAGCCUGUGGAGAUGAGCUAUAUCAUGUUAAGUCCGGGAAAUACAGCUGAUGUUCUUCUCACGACAAACAAGCCUCCCGGUCACUAUUACAUGGCCAGCAGACAAUUCUUGACUGAAAAAGAGGCCACACCAGACGGCUAUACUGGUUCCGCAAUCAUAGAAUACACAGGAGACUACAACUUCUCAUCCUCCCCAAUUUUUCCGCACUACCUACCUCAGAGUCGGGACAUGACAGCUGCGGUGACAUUUAUGGGCUUGAUGAAAAGCCUGGCAAAUGAGGAUUAUCCCGUAAGUGUCCCAAUGAACAUAACAACAAAGAUGUUCAUAACGGUAUCAAUGAGCGAGCUUUGCGGUGAUCGUACGGAUUGUAAUAUCACCGCAGGAAGGGGUAACAUUCUAGCCUCGAGCAUGAAUAACAUCAGCUGGGUCAACCCAAUUGUCGACAUACUCCAGGCUUAUUACAGGAAUGUAAGUGGUUACUACACGACGGAUUUCCCAGAUUGGCCUUUGGUCAUGUAUAAUUUUACCAAGGAUACCUUCGACCCUCAUCUUGCGAUAUCUGAUCAAGGAACAAAAGUUAAAGUUUUGAACUACAAUGAGUCAGUGGAGAUCAUUUUUCAAGGAACUGCUCUAUUAGAUGGCGCCGCCGUCCACCCUAUGCAUUUGCAUGGGUAUGCUUUCUAUGUAGUAGGAAUGGGCCAAGGAAAUUUCAACAAUGAGACAGAUCCUGUGACAUAUAAUCUGGUCGAUCCCCCAAAAGUUAAUACUUUUAUUGUACCUAGAAACGGAUGGCUAGCCAUCAGAUUCAUCGCAAAUAAUCCAGGUGUUUGGCUUUGGCAUUGUCACUUUGAGCGGCAUCUAACAUGGGGUAUGGACACGGUUUUCAUAGUGAAGAAUGGAGACACUGAAGAAACGAGCCUUCGUCCACCCCCACCCUAUAUGCCUCCUUGUACUGGUUAUCCAAACAAUAUCUUGACCAAGAAAUGGAGCUAUGCUGGCGACGUCUUGGAUUACCUUUAGUAACACUAGUGUUUUAACCCGUGCCCUACACGAGUUUAUGUGACUUUAAUUUCGUAGAAUUAGUGCCUUGGGUUAUUAUUAUUAUUAUUAUUAUUUAAAUCUUAUAUUAAGUUGUGAGAGAUAUUAUCCAAUAAUUUGGCCAGUCGAAUGUUCAGAAAUAAUAUCCCAUUGAUCAUUUAGGUUAAUUAGAAUUUGGAUUUUAUAAUGUCUUAUUUAGAUAUUGAGAGAUUAUUUGUUUCUUAAUUUAGUUGUUUCUCUAAGCCUACAAAUAGGCGAGGUAGUUUAUGUAAUUUCUCCGGUCAGUCAAUAAUAAUCACACUGCGAGAUUUGACCCA